AUGUUUGCACAAUAAUCCGCCAAGUGGCGCUACAGUUCACAAAGUGGUUUGUUUUUCUCAGUGAAAGUGCACGGCUGAAAAUAAUGUUGAGAGGAAAAUUGCAGAAAAUCCUUCCGACAGUCGUCUUAAGAGCGCGCUCAAGCGGGGUGACACCGUCGGGAACGGCGAGUUUCAAGGAGUCUCCGAAUCCCAACCUCAUUCAGCAUGAUUUCGUGGGUCCUCCGGAUAAGCUAUCAAAUCUGCGGCCGAUAGUGCGGCAUAUCAAGAAGGAUGAGACGCCGCUGGAGAAGAGAUUGAGGCUCUUCCAGAUGGAAAUCGAGGAGUACAAUCAGAAAUUCUGGGCGCAUCAUAACAAGAAGUUCCUCACGGAGAGGACAGAGUUUAUCGCCGCGAAUAGGAAGCAUCCAGACGAGACCUUGUCAGCUGACGAAAUGAGCGUCUUCUACAAGGCUUUCCUGGAUAGGAACUGGAAAAUUCACGUCUAUUACAACAUCUCGUGGUACAUCAAGAACAUCUCCCUCAUGUUCCUCGCUCUGCGCGUGGAGCUCACCAGGCUAGUCCUGCGGAAGAGGAAGGCCUAGUCAAUCGCCAAAACACACAACAAACUGAGGCGAUGAUUGAGAUGUAGUUGCAAUUGUACAAAGGCAAUAAAACUAGGUAAGAAAAUUCACCCGAGGAAAUUUAUCGUCUUACGGCACAAACAUCAUAAUAAUGUGUUUAUCUGCACUACGCGUAGCAUGAAAUUGAUGGGAAAUCGUGUGAAUUGCGCAUCAUUUUCAAUGAUAUUUUGUUUCUUUUUCAAUAAAAAAAAAAUUGCAGAAUACUUGAUAUGUUUACACUGAAGAGACAUUUUUUUCCACUACGAAGACAAUCAACAGAAGAGAAAUGAAUGAAAUUCUCUAAAAUGUUUUACUUUUGAUCUUCCCACGCACAACAAUAUGUUCACAUGACGCCUAGAGAAAAUAAUAAAUCAAUUUAGUGUGACUCUCAUUCUCGUUUUCCUUCCCUCUUCUCAAUUGUGAGGUGAUGAUCUCGGAAUAGAGGCUUGAUUAACAAUUGAAAUGUCUCAAUUUUGCCACAAGAAGUGGGUCACGAUCAAACCAAUAUUUAUGCAUAAGCUUAUAUGUGUACAAAUUGUGAUGCUGCCACUACAGAAGCACUCGCGAGAAAUAAACAUUCACUUAAUCUGUCUAUGCGCACCCUCUCUCCGAAUAUUUUUUCUUAAAUUGCUGUCCAUCUCAGAUUGAUUUCUACAUCAAGUCAAAUCUGCAAUUGAAAAUCAGAAUUGACUUUUUUGUGCUUUUGAAUCAGAGAAAGGAAUGACUUUACUAUCGAGUGAAGUGAAAGAGAGAAAACAAAUGAAACAUUGCUGAUGAAUUGAAAUAGUUAAACGUUAAACUUUUCUCUGAUAAUAAUCCUUAAAUUGGAAUCCUUUCAACUGAAGAUCGGAUCUAGUUCAAACUUUACUACUCUUGCCAUUGUUUAUCAAUCUAUUUCGAUCCUCUUUGCGCUAUAUUCAGACACGUCAUACAACAAUUGAUUUUACUUAGCCAAAUCCAUGAUGUAAUUAGAAAGAAAUUGGUUGACGACAAAAUUCCUGCUAUGCAUAAGUUGCGCAGAGCAAGUGCUUGUCUACUUUCCUAACACAUGUUCCCACAUAAUUUCCCGUGAAUUUGAUAUCUUUCUCACGCUCGCACAGCCGGCAAAAGG